AUUCGACAUCCAAACAUGUCUCAACUAAAACAUCCCAUAUUUACUAUGUGGCUUGGGGUAUGGGUGGAACUAUUGACUCAAGUCUUAUUUUAAAGAUAUACAUAUAAUCACGUGACUCUAUCCCGACACUUUAUAUAUAUAUAUAAAUGACAGAGCUGUAGUAUUACUCUAGUUAUACUGGAUUAAAUGGCUAAUUGCAGUCUUGUAUGUUUCUUGGUCAUACUUUGUGUGACCUGUUUACAGGGAUACGGGAUUUAUAGAGACAAAAUACCAAAUGGUAGUAGAGUACCUCAUCCUUGUAAACCCAACUAUAUCUGGAAUGGCGUUGGCCACCAACAGUCCGCUGGAGAUGGAAAAAGAAAUCCGUUUGGUAAAGAUUUCGCAGAUGCUGGACGUACAUGGACGAAAGAAUUAUGUGCAAAAGAUUCUGAUGGUGAUGGUAAAACAAAUGGUUACGAAUUAGGUGAUCCAAGCUGUUCUUGGGUUGCAGGCCAGUCAUCUCCAGAAAGUACAACACUUUCGCACCCAGGAGUUUGUGAACCAUGGAAUGAUCCAAAAUGCCAAGACCAACUCUCAUGGAUGUCUGAGGCCUGCAAAUCUGACGAAUUUAUUUGCAAUGCAUUAAAUGAUGUUGAAUUAAAGAACAUGACGUUGAAAUUCCCUUCUACACAAGUACCCGUACAAGAAACAACCUAUAUCUGUAUGGAGUUUGAAUUAGAUAAUACCGGAGAUUAUCACAUGGUAGCCACUGAACCUGUUAUUGACAAUGUCAAUGUUAUGCACCAUGCUGUUAUAUUUGGUUGUUCAAGCGAUGAACAUGACAUUAGAUCAACACCUCAUGAAUGUGGAAUGAUAGCCAGUAUGGAGUGUUCACAGAUCUUGAGUAUCUGGACACUUGGAAGUCCAGGUGAAUGCUUACAUGACAAAGUUGGUAUUAGAAUGGGAACUUACGGAAUUAAACGGGUAGCUCUACAGUUUCACUGGAACAAUCCUACCUUGAAAACAGAUUACGUCGAUUCAUCUGGAAUGAUUGUACAUUAUACAAGUAAUAAACGAGAAAAUGAUGCUGGUGUAUGGACUAUUGGUUCCGAGUUCUUUGUUGUUCCACCACGAACCCUGAAUACACAAGUAACUCUUUCCUGUCCUAGUAGUUGUACAGACUCCAUGCUUACUGAUAAAAUUUAUAUCGUCUCUGCAUUCAACCACAUGCAUUAUAUAGGUGCCGAACAAAAGAUAGAGCUUUUUCGUAACGGAACUAAAGUAAUAGACAUUACUAACGAUGAGAAAUAUAACUAUGACAGUCCUGUUGUUCAUGAAUUUACAACACCCAUUGAAGUUCAGCCUGGUGAUGUUCUUACUACUACGUGUGGUUUUAACUCCAUGGAUAGAGAUGCUGUCACUAACUGGGGAGACGCAACAAGUUCUGAAAUGUGUUAUGGGUUCAUGACCUAUUAUCCCAAGGAAAACGUUAACAAUUUAUUCUGUAAUGGCUUUAGAAGUAUUCCAUAUUGCGCAAUUGAGGAUGGCAAAUUUUUCGACGGUUGUGAGUUAUCGAAAUAUUCCAAAGAAAGCCCGGAAAAAGAUCAAUUUGAAAUGGACCUGAAUAAUACAUGUUUUGACUCAUGUACAGCAGAAUGUUUCCGUUUAGUUGAUAACAACCCUUGUAUGAAAGGCGACCCCAGAGCAUAUAUUGACUUUUACUAUAGUUAUUCAGAUAGAAACAUAGAAAUCAAACGAAUGUAUUCUCAAUGCGAUUUGACCCCCACUACACCCAAUACAGCUGAUGAUACGUCCAAUACCAAUGAUGAUACAGCUACGUCCAAUACAACUGAUGACUCGUCCAAUGCCAUGACCUUUAAUUCGUCCGUAUUGAAGAUAUUGUCAUUUGUGUUGACAGCAUCGUUAAUUAGAUGUUAGCUUUGCGGUACCCCAACCAUUUAUGCUAUUGAGAUAAAAAUGAUAUAAUUCAUACAUUUUAUUACAUAUCUUUUUCUAACUGUUGAUAAUUUUGUAUUUUUAUUUUAAAUUCCCGAUAUUGCUUUUUUUUUAUUAUAAAUUCUAUUCAAUAUUCGUCUUACUCUUAUUAAUCUGACAUGGUUGAUUAAUUUCUUUUUCCUGGAAUUAAAUAGACA